GAGAAUCAAGAUUCUGAAUCUUAAUUGUUAUUCAUUAGUGUAAGUAUUUAAGUUUGUGGUCUUGCCUCCAAGCUCUAGAUGGAUUUGGGAUCUUUAUUUCGAGAGAGAGAAAAAAAACACUGUCUGUCAGGAAAUUAAGUCUGCCGAAUUGCGGCAGUUUGCAAUCAUAUCAUACAGAACGACUCACAAGUCUAAUCUUUGAGUUAUCUUGUGUCUAAAUUCUAGAACCAUGAAUGGGAAGUCUGAUGAGGAAAGCUAGACAUUUGAUGAUUUAACAUUGUUUAAUAGCUUAUUCUGCUCUCCUUUUUGUCUUUUUAUUCAAGUAAUAUGUAAAUAUUUUUGAUACUUAUAAACUCUAUAAAUAUUAAGAAGCCUAUGUAAACAUUUUUAACAUACAUGAAACCCGGGGAUAAAAACUAAAACAUACAGAUACAUCAAAACCAACACUUACCCUUUUAAACCCAGCUACAUCCUACAUGUAUAGAGAAACAUACAAAACACAUACAUAGAGAGAGAGUAUAGUAUACAUAUGGAUCGAAUAGCUAAUGCAUAGCUAUUAUGCAAUGAAAUGACUAUUAUUUUAUUACAACAGUGCUGUUAAUAACCUAUGUGUUCAUGUGAUAGAAUGAGAAGCUACUUACAUACAUGGGCGUAUUAAAUUAAAUAUGAUGGUCCGUUGUGGCCUGUGGGGACACUAUAUAGACCGUAAACCCUCACAAGUGGAAUAGGGGGACCUUUCAAUAAGAAGGCUUGUAUUGUAGGGUUUGCUGUCGAUCUUCCCGAUUCAUAUCAGAAUCACAAUCGUCCAAAUGUUCCUAUCCAUUGGAGUCAUAUUAGCUGCCUUAAUGUUCGUAUCCAUUAAUAUAUAAACAUAUGUUUUCAACUUCUGAAAGUGUUAUCAUCAUGAACCCAUAUCAUCUUACUGGCUUUUAGUAAUUGAUGCUGACAUUUGACAUUGUCGAAAGAUAUUAUUAUCUGAUAUGUAGUUAUCAUUACAAGGCGAGCUUGGUUCAUCAUCUCCUUUUACACCAAAGCUUCUUUCUCCUUUUCAAUUUCCCGAAUUCUUAAUUAGGCCAAUAUUAUCUUCUUCUUUUUUUAUAGGUUUAAAAUAAGUCCCGUAAAAAUUUGUAAAUUCAUUAGAGAAAUUCUUUUAAUAUUUAAGUUUUUAAUAACAAAAAAGUCUUGAACCACUCUAAACAGAUGGGCAGGUAUUGAUUUCGACGUACCUUCUUACCACAUGCAGCGACAUGAUUUUUUCAAAUUUUCUGAAGUUUAAUGAACCGAGUGGCUUGACCCUUUCUCUCAAUUUAAUUCUCUUCGUUCCUUCUAAUUAUAAUACUAGUUGAUUAUAUUUUGUAUAAGUAUACACUAAGUCACCAAGUACGUUCUUUAUGAUUUCGUAAUUCAGUAUAUAGCCAAAAAAAUGCUCCUCUUAACUAGGGCCAAUAAUCUGAUGCAACUUCCAGCAAGCGAUACAACACGUUUAAUGCAACACAGUUGAUUCAGUAAACACAACAAUAAGUACAACUAAUGGUGUUGAUGCAAGCUUUAUUAUCAAGUUCUAAAACUCUUAAAUGUAUCUAAUGUUUCGAAACGGAUUCAAGAUAUAUUUUCCAUCCAUCCAUAAAUCUAAUAAACCUUUACGCAUCAAACUCUUUUGUUUUCUUAGUGGUUGUAAGGUGUAACUCUCCCUCCACUUGACUACGAGAUGGAAUAAAAACGUAAUUUGUCAUUACUGUUUUACUAACCUACCUUUAAUUUUACGGAAACGGUUUCUUUAAUUAUUAUGCAGAUGGUUUGGUACCAAAUUAUCAAUAAAUCGAUGAUAUUAUUUAUGUAUUAACUUAGAGUAGCUUUGACCCAUUAUAUUUGAAGAAUUACAAUCGUAAACUCUUUUUUGGAUCUAUAUAGAUUUUUUAGACGAAAUAAGAACAUGUGACGUUUUUAUCAUUCUGUCUUGUAAAUCAUAAACUAAAUUCAAAGUACAGAACUUGGAUAUUUAUAUAAAAAAAUAAAGUCAUAUCUGACUAACAAUUCAAUUCCCGUAUAAAAUAAAUAAUAAGACAUAAGGUAUACUAAAUCUUUUAAAAACAGUAGCAUACACAAUUGCAGUAUAAAAUUUUAAAAUAAAAAAGUUGUGUCCCCUGGACAAGGAAAGCUCAAAACUACUUAAAUUCGGCUUGUAGCUCAAUUCAUAUGCAGUCUUCUUGGUACAACUGCACACACAGAAACACCCUAACUCAUCCCUUUCUCUCUCUCUUCACUUUUCUAAUUUUUCUUCUCUCUCUAAGAAAAAAAAAGAAUAAGAAAGAGAGAUAAAAAAAGAAAAGCAAGAUUGGUUCUUCUUCUUCCUCUUCUCAACAUUUUAUCUUCUUUUAAUUGUUCACACAAAAAAAAAACACUUGAUUGUUUCAAGAAGGAAACAAACCAAACUUGGGAAAGUUUCAUUUUCUUUCCCCAGGAACAUUGAAGAUGAGAGAUUUGGUGUCAUGUUUCAGCGAAAACUCAAUAAACGUGACACAUCCAUUAUCAUUACCAUCAUCAUGUUCAAACUACAACACUAGUAACGCUUGCAUCCCUCCAUCUCUCAUACCAUCCAUACAAACCUCCAUCACAAGCAUCUACAGAAUCACUUUACCAUCCAAACACCUCAUCAUCAAAGUCACAUGGUGCAACAAGAUCAACCCUUCGCACGGUCUCAGCAUCUCCGUUUCCUCCGCGGAUCAAAACCCUUCGACGUCUCUCAAACUCAACACUUCCUCUCGCUUCUUCCGCAAGAAGAAAGGAAACAAAUCCGUCGACUCCGAUCUCGGUAAAAUCGAGGCUUUAUGGGAUCUUUCUUCCGCUAAGUACGACUCGAACACGGGACCUGAACCGAUCCAAAGCUUCUACGUGAUCGUCCUCGUGGAUUCUCGGUUAGCUCUCCUCCUCGGAGACUCCUCCGAAGAAACUUUAAAGAAAAAGAGUUUGGCUUACGAUGGUUUCGACUCGGGAAAGUCUCUGAUCUCUCGGCAAGAAUACUUCUCCGGGAACACGUUUUACUCGACGAAAGCUAAGUUCGUUGAAUCGGGAGACUCGCACGAGAUCGUCAUCAGAUGCAGCGCGGAGAAAACAGAGGGUUUGAAACAGAGCAGUAGUACUCAUAAUCAUCGUUCCCCUGUUCUCUCUGUUUGUAUCGAUGAGAAGACGGUUACGAAAGUGAAGAGGCUUCAGUGGAAUUUUAGAGGGAACCAGACGAUUUUCGUCGAUGGGCUGCUUGUGGAUCUUAUGUGGGAUGUUCAUGAUUGGUUCUUUUGUAAUCCUGAAGGCUGUGGAAAAGCUGUGUUCAUGUUUAGGACAAGGAAUGGUUUGGACAGUAGCAGGCUUUGGUUAGAAGAGAAGAAGAUGGUUCAGAAAGAUGAACAAGACAAGCUUGAUUUCUCUCUCCUCAUUUACGCCUGUAAGACUUGAAAGAAAAAAACUAAUUUUUUUUUUCUUAUUUGUUUUGGUUUAUUGGUUCUGUUUUUUUCAAUAUUUGAGAGAUUUUUAUGGAUUUUUAUUCAUUUACAUUUUAAUUAUUCUUGAAAGGAGUAUAGAUUUUUCUUACAUUAUUCUUUUCUUGGAGUUGUGAUUUAAUAUUUGAGAGAUUCCACAAUGUGAAUCUCUUCUUAUAUAGGAACAUUGUAUGCUAUCAUUCUAAAUAUCAAGUUGUUUUUUUCUUAUAUACUCAA